AUGACCACGCCGAGAACGGACCGUGAACCAGCCGAUGCAACGACUACAAUCGCUUCAGAUUCACCAAACACUGCUGAGGUUGGCCCGAUAGAAGCCGUAACGAAUGCGCCCUCGACAGCAACAGCCCAAGCUGCAGAGGCCGGUCCAUCGGAGGGACCCUCAUCAAUUGCACAAUACAUCAAUCCUAUCGUGGCAGUAGGUACGAAUACGAGCUCCGACGAUACAGAUUCUGCUUUUGGUGAUGAUGAUCACUUGAGCGACACAACUUCAAUAUCUUCUACUAUUUGGAAACAUCGUUUCGAAAACGGCCGGCGAUACCAUGUGUUUCGGGAAGGUGAAUACUGGGGGCCCAAUGAUGAGGUGCAAAACGAUCAACUCGACAUUGCCCAUCACAUGUUCCUCAUCCUCUUGGGUCACAAACUGCAUCUAGCUCCUGUGACGAAUCCAAAAAGGAUUCUGGAUCUGGGCUGUGGUACUGGCAUCUGGUGCAUGGACAUGGCAGAUGAACAUCCGGACGCAGAGGUCAUCGGUGUUGACCUCUCACCCAUCCAGCCUUCCUUCACGCCACCGAACUGCAAGUUCGAGAUCGACGACGUGACGUCUCUGUGGACAUACCCCGCAGCAUAUUUUGAUUUCAUCAAUAUCCGAAGUCUAUAUGGGAGUAUAGGUGACUGGCCAGCCCUUUAUGCACAGGUCUUCCAUGGUCUUGAACCUGGAGGCUACCUUCAUCAGCUGGAAAUGAGUAUCCAGUUCAAAUCUGACGACAAUACCCUGGCACCUGACCAUCCGCUUUCCCAGUGGUCUGAUGUCUUCCACGAGGCGUCCAAGAAGUUUGGCAAGUCCUUCUACGAAGUCUGGAAUUUGUCGACGUACAUCAAGAAUCAAGGCUUCGAGGACGUCGUCGAACGAGUGUACAAAGUACCGGUAAAUGGAUGGCCUGCCGAUGCACAUAUGAAGGAACUGGGUCGCUGGAACCAUCUGCAUAUCACACAAGGAGCGGAAGGAUGGGGUCUAUUCCUGCUCACAAAAGUCAUGGGCUGGACGGCUUUGGAGGCACAGGUCUUCAUUGCAAAAUUCAAAACAAGCGUCAAGGAUAGGAACGUGCACGCUUAUUUCGAGCAAUUGUCUCUCACCCCCAACCGGCUGGCCAAGCUCUACGCGCUCCAUAUCAAAAUGACGGCCACCUUCCGCAAACAUCUGGGACAGUCCGCCGGCAAGACUCACAACCCGAUCACACUGGACCAGACAAAACAGCAUGUUGCGACCCUCCGCUUCCACCACGAUCAUCUCGGCUUCCAUGACUCGUCCAGCCGUGGCUACCGGACGGAAGAACAGCAUGGCCUCAUGCCGCGGGCUGGAAUGAACGGGCAACCUGCGCAGGGCGAACCACAAGCUUCAUCGCACACGUCUACAACAGCGGCGCAACAUGGCGGCAGACACGAUGAUACAACGCUGAGCGCGCCCUUGCUGGUGCCGUACCCGUCGCCAAUCCGUCCCACUGACGCAUCUCCGCCUGACCACUUUGAUAUGCUCCCACCACCGCCGUCCACGCAUGCUUCAUGGCAGGCACUUCACGACUACGCGCAAUCGCAUGCUGCAGCACAUGGCUAUGCACUCUCCAUCAACACGACCGCGAAGAACAGGACUCGGAUUAAGCUCGCGUGUGUCUGCUACGGCCAGCCCAAGAACACGCACAAGCUCACUCCCGAAACCAGAAUCAGGAAGAACCGGGUCAGCUACAAGACAGGAUGUAGAAUGUGGGUGGAUGGCAAGAAACAAGACAACGGUACCUGGAUCCUGCGCGUCGGUGAGGCACAGCAUAACCACCCUGGAAGAGCCAGCGAGGAAUGGGCUGUUCAGCGAAAGAGAACGUGGGGUGUUGUAGGCGGGCGCGUUGGUGUGGGCGGGGUGACUGCCAAGGAAGAAGCCAGCCAACAUAGUCCAGUGAGCAAGGAGACGGGCGAGACGGGCGAGACGACGGAGCCAGCGCCCGACGGAGUCGAGCUUCGCCCAAUGGCCAUACACAAGCUUGAGCGCGGCGGUCUCAUAUGGAAGGUUGUCGAGCAAGAAAUGCUGCGCAAAGGCGAGCCAGGUCAGGGUCGCGAUCGAGGCGUAGGCCGCACGGUGGAGGUGUUGCGGGGCCGGCUCCCAGGAAUAUGCAUCUUCAAGCGCGAUGUUUACAACAUUCGAGCGCAGAUCAGGAAGGCGAGGAAGGCAGCGGGCCAGCAGAUUGGCGAGGGUCUGGACGACAGCGAGGCUGAUGAGGACGAAGAGGAGCACGAAGGCGCUGACGAGGGCAACACGAGCUCGGAAUCAGCGAUUGAGCUUGCAGCCAAAGCGGCAAGCCUUCGCCAGCGCCAGACGGAGCAUCACCCCAAUAGCGCGACUUGCUUGCCGUGUUCUACCAUGCCGGAACCUAUUGAUCCCUCCCUCGCUACGCUCCACGCGGAUAGCAGGACAAAAGUGAUGCCCACUUCUGGACCUGCACAAACCAAAGGAUACGAGCUAGAGCGACUACGGCGGGAAAACGCAGAGCUGAGGCGACUGCUGGGUGAGAAGACGGACGAGGUGAAGAAGAAGAGUAUUGAGAUUGCUAGUCUGCGCACACAAGCGGAUUACAUGGCGAUGAUGAGCAUGGCUGACGGUAGGGCACGGUAG